AGAGAGAGGGACACCUCCCAUCCAUUUACAACCAAGUAUAUUUUUAUAGAUUGAGUCAAUCUUGGAUUAGAUUUCUGGGUGUAGGCUGUUGCUUGCCGUUCCUCAUCCCUUUCCCCAACUGGAUAAUGUCAUCAUAACACACUUCAUGAUUCUUGUGGGGCUUUAGCCAGAUUGCCCAACAGCCACCAAGUCCCCACCACCCCACAUGCAACCCUCCUCAUUUUGCUUUUACUCUCCCAUCUCUUUUGCCUUUCCUUAUUUAUAUAACCCAUUCAUCCCCUCUUCACUGGAAUAAGGGAAAAGCUGAGACUCAAGUGAUAUAGAACCGAGAAUCAACCUUUUUUUUUUUUUUUUUUUUUUUUUGUGCUCAAUUAACACUCUCUCAGUAGCAUACCAAAGAAACAAAGAGUGGUCUUUAACCGGAAGUUGCUAUGGAGUUAGAAGAUGAUUUGUUCUUUGCAGACUUAAGCAAGCAAAUUUCUCUACUAAUCAUGGAAGAUGAUGAGGACUCAGUUGCAAAUUAUCCUUCAGUUUCUUUCCAGAAUUUCUCAAGAGCGAAUUACCCAACAGCACCAUCGCCAUUUAUGUAUGAGCAAAGAAGAGAAAGCAAAGGAACAGGAGUUUUCAUUCCAAGGUCAUCACAGCCAAGAAGGAAACACAGGCAAGCAAGACAUUCUUCAUUCAACGCAAAAUCUCAUAGGCAGCAAGAGAAUACAAGAAUGGUUUCUCAAGUUUCUUAUAACAAUUCUUUGUACCCCAAGAAAGGCUAGUUAAGGCCAUAUGUAUUCAAAUAAGUUUUACGAAUCUUAUCGCCAAUAAGGUGUUAACGCAAGGCUAUGGAGUAUAUACAUGAUAUGGACAUGUACAGGGAUAAAAGCUGUUUGCUCUGUUCCUAGCUAGGAGGUCUUAAUGAGGUUCAGUUCCCAAGGAUAGCACCUCUCCAAUAAUGGAAAUGUAUGGUUGUUAUUAAGUAUUGUACACGGUUGUGUUACUUAACUAAUUAAUGUGAUUGAUUAUUUCAUUCCA